AUGGCGCAUUCUGUGGGAGGUGCUUCUGCAGUGUAUGAUGCGGUGCACAAUGGGAUCGAAGCGCAUACGAUCGCGGGACGGAAGCAAAGUCAGCGGCCGGCGUUCGAUCAGAAGCCCAAGGGAGUCGCGCGGGGCAAUGAAUCGGACGUCGACGAUGCUCGCUCGGCAGCUGCCAUCCCCGGGCACUCGCCUGCCACCUGCACCGGCCGCUGCAGCCCCCGCCUCGCGAGCGUCGCUGCCACUGCUGCCACUGCGCGCGCUGCUGCUGCUACUGUGUGCGCUGCUGCUGCCACUGCGUGCGCUGCUGCUACUACUGGUCGCGCCAUGCCAAACACGUCGCGCCAGGACGACAAGGACCGGUCGGCGAGGGCGCAGGAACAAGAGUUCAAACGCGCGCGCGGUGCCAUAUCUUGCGCAGAAUGCCGCCGCCUCAAGCUCAAGUGCGACAAGACCGUCCCCUGCUCGUCGUGCAAGCGCCGCGGCUGCUCGUCCAUCUGCCCCAACGGCAGCCUCACCACAGGCCAGGGCACCAGAUUCAUCCUCGCAGACACCGACCGGCUGCACCGCAAGAUCGCCGAGAUGAGCGACCGCAUCCGCCAGCUCGAAGACGCGCUCGCGAUCCUGCAGUCCAGCGUCACGCGCGACCUGCACCCGCUGCUCGCGCACGACCUGCUCAAGAUCAAGUCCGGCCUCGAGCUGCACUCGGCGGCGCACCUCCAGGGGCGCGCGGCACACAGCGACGACGCCGGCGAGCAGGGCGACGAGGAGUCGCAGUACAUCGACGCGUUUGGCACGCUGGCCGUGCGCGACGACGGCGCGGCGAUGUUCUACGGACGCUCAGCGGGGUCGGAGCAGCACACACCCUCUCCCUUCCAGGACGAGAAUGAGAAAUCUGGACAGCCACCGCCUGCCGCGCCGCACGCAUCGCUGCCGCACGCGCUGGCCCGGCUGACGACCGCGUUCCCCGCCGCGCCGUCCGGGCUCGCGGACGCGGACGCGGACAUGGACGUGCAGGAGCUGAUGGAGGCGCACCUGCCGCCGUGGCCGCGCGCGGCGCAGCUGUGCGACCUGUACCUGGAGCAGGCGCCGUGGUUCUUCGGGGCGGUGACGCGGCGGCAGCUCGUCGAGGAGGUGCUGCCGCUGUUCUACGCCGAGGCGGUGGAGUACCGCGCGCACGCGGGCGCGAGCGGCAGCGGGAGCAUCGAGGCGGGCGCGCAGGUGAGCAGCUCCGCGGCGGCGUUCGACCUGCAGCCGGCGCGCACGCCGGGGACGGCGCACGACCUGGCGCUGCUGUUCGUGACGUUCUGCUUCGGCGCGCUGACGGACGUCGAGCUGCCGCCCGCGCCGCACAACUCGGAGGCGGAGCAGUACUUCCAGCUGACGCGCGCGGCGCUGAACGCGGAGCCGCUGCUCGAGCGGCCGCCGAGCGUCGUGACGGUGCAGACGAUGGCGUGUGCCUGGUGA